ACCUCAUUUUCUUCGAGGAUUGUGUAAUGGAUGAAUUUUAUGCAAACAAAAAACAUUAAAUAUCAAAAAUUUGACUAUAUAGCAAAUUUUUUAAUCGGCAUAGUAACGUCAUGGCUCUUAUUUUAAGUUAAAUAAAUUGCAGUAAGUUUAUAAUAAAAAUUGAUGAGACUAAGAACAAGAAAAUUUAAUUGUACAUAGUGUCAAAUAUACUUUAGUAAAACGUAUUGUUAGACUAUUAGUCGAAAUUCGACGGAGUGUUAUAUAAAAGCGAUAUUUAUUUAUAUAUAUAUAUAUAUAUAUAUAUAUAUAUAUAACAUAUAUAUAUAUAUUAUGUGUUCUACUUUAACGAUGUGUUCUUAUGGAGGUUUUUUUAAUGGACAAAAAGCUAACAUUAGCAACAUAACAACUGUAAAUAGUAUUUUACCAGGUGAACUUGCCGAGGCUCUAGAGACAAAUUUAAAAAUAAAAAACAAUAUAAAUGAUACACACAUAGAUAAACAAUCAAUUCAAAAUGAAGGUGUUAUGUUAUUAGAUUGUCGUUCUUUUUUAGCCUACAAUUUUAAACAUAUUUCAGGAGCUUUAAAUGUAAACUGUACUGGCCUUGUUAAAAAACGCUUACAACAAGGUAAGGCAACACUUGUUGAUAUGGUUACAUCAGAAUAUGGAAAAGAGUUUUUAAAAAGUGGGAAGUGGGCAAAGGCAGUUGUUUAUGAUGAUUGUACUACCGAACUAGAAAAGUUACCCUCUUCACACCCAUUGAAAAUUGUUUUAGUCCUAUUACAUAAACAAGGAAAAGAAGCCUUUUUACUAAAAGGUGGCUUAAAGGAGUUUUCUCAAUGUUAUCAAAACCUACUAGCUUUUCAUUCUGAUCAUCCUGACUCAGUUACAAACGCUAUUGAUCGUAUAAAUUCUUUAGCAAAAUAUCAUCAGGACAUUACUACAAACCAACCUAAUCCGAGUUGUCCGCUAAAUGUAAAAGCAACUGAAGUUAUGCCAAAUGUAUUUUUGGGAAAUGCAACUGACGCAAAAGACGAAGUUUUACACGAUCUUCACAAUAUUCGCUACAUUCUAAAUCUGACAUGUAAUUGUCCGAAUUACUUUUACGAUAAACCCGGAUAUCAUUAUAAACAAGUUCAAAUAGAAGAUUCAUGUAAAGAAGAUAUAAAAGAAAUAAUUCCUGAAGCUAUAAAUUUUAUAGAUCAAGCAAGAAGCAACAACUGCUCAGUUCUUAUUCAUUGUCAAGGUGGCGUUUCUCGUUCGCCCACAGUUACAAUAGCAUAUCUAAUGCACGCAAAUAAACAGCCGUUUAAAGAAGCUUACGAAUUUGUUAAACUGAAACGCCCAUGCAUUGCUCCUAAUCUUAAUUUUAUGGGACAGUUGUGGGAAAUGGACCAGCGAAAAAAUACCAAUGCUUCACAAAGCGAUUGUUUACUCAAAAAGCUUAUUUGUCGCGGAGGUAAAGAAUAAAUUGUAGAAACGUCUCUAAUAGGCUUUAGCCCAUAUUGUAAAAUAAAAUUCUUUUGUUGAUAUGUAUUUUAUAUUAGAAUGAAUGAAUUAUAUCGUGUUAUUUUUAAA